AUGUUGCCGCAACGCCAAAAGGUCGACAUCAGCGUGAGCAUCACCCCUCCGCCUCCUGGAUCUCGCCCCCACCUGGUCGAGAUCCGGGCCUGGGCCCUCCGCACCUGCAGCCUGAGUGGGACAUCAGGACUGAACUCUGGCCCUUUCUCGCCCCUUUUACCCCGACAGUCGUUCAGCGAGCAAGAGCGAGAGUUGUUUCAAAAAUACGGCAAGGUCCCCAGCCACAAAUCGCUCUUGGGCAACAAGUUGAAAGUGCGCUCGCUCAUGACACAUCUAGCCUCUGCUUAGUGUGUUCUCACAUGGACUGAUUGCCGUACCUGUUCGGAAUGUUCUCCCUCAGGAACGCAAGUACUUCGACUCGGGUGACUAUGCUCUCUCGAAGGCCGGCGUCGAGCCUCAGCACAUCGUUGGAAAAGCGAUCCCUUCGCCCCAAGACAUCCCACAUGCCUCGCCGCCCAACACAACCUCGGGCAUCUCGACCAGUCCUUCCGGCACGACUUCGAACCAGGGCUUGAGCACCAGUCCCUCGGCAUCGACGCAGCACUCAUUCGCCAACACUUUCGGAAGCCCAGGCAAGGAACCGAUCGGAACCGCCGUGCCUCAAUAA